CCUUGCCGAUGGAAAUCAAACACGCAGAGCUCGUUAUAACGCCGCUAACGGGGAGCACUGUUGUGUUGGCCUUUUCAUACUCGUCACAUUUUUAAUAAUGUGAGGGAUUCGGAAGAUAUUGGCCGACGGACUCAUUUCCGGUACAGGAUAUUGCAGCAUGAAGAAGGAGCAAGUUGUCAACUGUCAGUUUUCGGUUUGGUAUCCGAUUUUCAAGAAGCAUACGAUUAAAAGUCUGAUACUGCCACUGCCUCAGAAUGUAAUAGAUUAUUUACUGGACGACGGGACACUGGUAGUCUCUGGAAGUGACCACAACACACAGCAGACACACACCAACAACAGCGACUCGGAUGCAGAGGAAGACGUUCAGUGGUCGGACGAUGAGACAACAACCACUGUCACUGCUCCAGAGUUCCCAGAAUUCACCUCUAAAGUGCUGGAGGCCAUAAACGCCCUGGGCGGACGUGUUUUCCCCAAACUCAACUGGAGCGCCCCUCGGGAUGCAAACUGGAUCGCUCUGAACAGCUCCCUGCAGUGCCACAGCCUCAGCGACAUAUUCCUGCUGUUCAAGAGCUCAGACUUCAUCACCCACGACCUCACGCAGCCGUUCCUCCAGUGCAGUGACCAGGACUCCCCAGACCCAGUCAUCAACUAUGAGCUGGUGCUCAGAAAGUGGAGCGAGCUGAUCCCGGGCGGAGAGUUCCGCUGCUUCGUCAAAGAGAACAAACUAAUCGCUAUCUCCCAGAGGGACUACACUCAGUAUUACCAGCACGUCCUGAAGCAGGAGGAGCAGAUCUGCCAGGCCGUGCAGGACUUCUUCAGCCAGCACAUUCAGUACAACUUCCUGGACGAAGACUUUGUGUUUGAUGUCUACAGAGACAGCCAGGGCAGGGUGUGGCUCAUCGACCUGAACCCGUUCGGAGAGGUGACCGACUCUCUUCUGUUCAGCUGGGACGAGCUGACGUCCGGGGAAGAAAUCUCUCAGCAGCAGGGCCCGGCGUUCCGCUGCACCACCAGCGAGGUGACGGUGCAGCCCAGUCCCUGUCUCAGCUACAGGAUACCGCGGGACUUCGUUGACCUCUCCACCGGAGAGGACGCCUACAAGCUCAUCGACUUCCUCAAACUGAAGAAGAGCCAACAGGAAGAGUCUGAGGAGGAGGACGAGGAGGAGGAGAACGCCCCGCAGUGACGUUCCUGUCCUCAGCCGUUAACACCACGCCAUCCGCAUGAAGCGACUCUUCCCCCUCGGUCCCGUUAGAGCUCCAUUUUCUUUCCGUUCUAGCGUAGUUUCUGUCACGGCCUCCCGGGAAGUGUAUGCCUAGGAUUUACUGGACGGCUCGGCCGUGUUAGUCUAAAGCAACGUGCUGAAUGAGUAGAUCAUGUGAAAAGCUACGUAAAGAUUAAUUAUUGUGUCACUAGUUGGGUUGUUUUAUGUUUUUUUUUUUUUUUUUUUUUUUUGGUCGUUAUUUCAGUUUUCUAUUCAAUUCCUGCUUUUAUACUUUCAAAUAAGUGUGUUUUUUUCCGUAUUGCUGUCCAAAUACUGUCUCUAGAUUCAAAAUGUACUAGGCUGCACACUCUUGUGUUGUUUGUGUGUUUUGACAGACUUCUAUUUAACACUAAAGCCCUUCCUCACUGAUUCACCUUUGAUUUUUUUUUUUUUUUUUU